UUUGUGUUUAUCGUACUGAAACAUAUAUAAUAUGGACCAAAGUAAUGAAGACCGAUCGUGUCAACAUUAUUCCGAAAAUGAAAGAAUGACUUUAGCGCAGUUAGUGGCAGGCAAAAAACAUAUAGUUGAAAAUAAAAAGAGUGAUUCUACAACUAUAAAAGAAAAAAAUGUUGCUUGGCAAGAGAUUACAAAUGCUUACAAUAGCAUAGGAUUUACGCAGAGAAACACGAAGCAGCUAAAGAAAUGUUGGGAUAAUAUGAAACAAAGAAAACGCAAAAUUUCUACAGAAAUGAGACACGAGAGGUUAUUAACUGGAGGUGGACCUCCUAUGAAAAAAUCAGUAGACCCAGUGUUAGAAUUUGUUGACAUCAUAGCACCAAAUGCAGAUGUCCAACUGGAAUGUUCAUGGGAUAGUACUAGUGUAUUUGAAGCUAAAAAUCUAAUGUCAUGUGUUGAACCAAAUACAAAAAGUAAUACUGCUAAUAAAGAAAAUAUUGAUGAGAUUCAGAUAACAAAUAUAAGACAUAAUGAUACACCACCUACCACAUCAUCGACACCUACUAGAAAAAUUGAAAAAGUAAAGAGAUUACAAAAAUCUUGUCAACGUUGUGUAUGUGAAGAAGAAACCAAGUUAAGGAUUCAAAAGUUAAAAGAAUCUAUCGAACAGCAAAGGGAACUGCACGAAAAGCGCAUGAAAGUGGCUGAGGAAGAAGUCAAAUUAGCUAUUCUCAAAACACUUCUUGCAGAACACAAUGUUCAGAAUUAAUUUGUUACAUAAAUAAUUCUUUUGUGGUAUACCAAGUUUUUGUUUCCGUUUAUUUUUGUAGUUACAAAUAAUAUAUUUUUACUUAUCUU